UUUGACAACCAACAUGUAUUAUUACUCUGUAUUAUACCUGAUUUUGAUUCUGAUCACCGUCGGCUUGGCCGCCCCAGCCGAGCGGAUUGAGACAGAUCCUGAGCUUACUGCUGGAUAUAUCGAGGGUGAUAUGGUGCCCAGUGGAUUGUCGAGGAAUAUUUGGCGCAAUGAAACCUAUCGCUGGCCCAAUCGAGUCAUCUACUAUCACAUCAAUAGCUAUAUAGAUGAAGAGCAUCGGAACCACAUUGUAAGCGCCAUUCACAAGAUCGAGUCCAUUUCGUGUCUGACCUUCAAGGAGGCCACCACCGAUCAGAAAUACUAUGUGAAUGUGACCUCCGAGGAGGGCGGUUGUUUCUCGUAUAUCGGUUACCUUAACCGAGUUCAACAACUGAAUCUUGAGAAUAAUGAAAUAGGAGUCGGUUGCUUCCGCCUCUAUACGAUUGUUCACGAGUUCUUACAUGCCCUGGGAUUUUUCCACCAGCAGAGUGCCGCCGAUCGGGAUGAAUAUGUGCAGAUUGUGGAGGAGAAUAUCACCGAAGGCAUGGAGUUCAAUUUCGAUAAAUAUACCGAACAGACAGUCAACGAUUUUGGCGAGAAAUACGACUAUGGCAGCGUUAUGCAUUACGGUCCCUAUGCAUUUUCCAAAAACGGCGAGAGGACAAUUGUGGUCUUGGAGGAGGGCAAGGAAGAUGUCAUAGGUCAGCGACUGGAGCUGAGUGAAACUGAUAUCAAAAAGCUGAACGCUAUGUACAAAUGCCCUAAUGUUUAGGAAUGAACACUGUUUAUCGUAUCGCCAUUCAGAGUUUUCUACCGGCGUAAUGAAGAUAAAUUUCGUUUCAUUAUUGUCAUCUUUUGCUCAAGCGAAAUAUAAUCUGUUUAUUGUGUUGACAAAUGCAA